ACGCGUUAGUAGAUUUCCGCCAGCACAGAUGAUUGAUAAAAACAGAAUUUGAUUUGACGCAAAUAAAGGAAAGUGGAGAGAAUUAGCAGCAGCCAUGGAAGUAAUCCUAACGAUCAUCUUCUUCACCAUCUUCUGGGCGGCGGUGGCCAAGUACGGACCCAUCCUGCUGACCAAGGAACCGCACGAUGACCUGGUGCGCUGCAUUUUCCUCCUGACCGCCGUCGUCUGCUGGCUCUUCUGGCUGUGCUGCUAUUUGGCGCAACUGAAUCCACUGCUGGGGCCGAAACUUAAUGGAAACACCAUCCGGAUCAUUGCCUCGUCCUGGGGCAAUCCCAUUAAGGAGGGAUAAGGGAUUCCCACAUAGAAAUCUCCACAUAGCUAAUCUCUGGCAGAUGCUUCUUCUUUGGAUUUCCUGAUCUGAAGCCACAUCACACGCAUUCGGUUGUUCCACGGAAGCAGAGGCUUCGCCAAACUCUUUUUGUACUUCAAUAAUGGCACGUUGAUAAGGUUGGGCUAUCCAAUCCCCAGAUACGCCCCACGAUUUCCAAACUAAUCCAAUUAACCUCUUGAUGUAAACUUUCACUGUACAUUUUCUUGUUUAUAUCACAAUUUCGUUGAUCCACAUCUCUUCCUGCUUAUUGCAAAGCAUAAGCCAUGUAUUCUAACCAUAAAUCCAAUAAUUGCAGUUUACGAUUUUACAAACUUGCCACAUGAGCGACUUUUGUUACCAGAUUACUAUUUAUCUAUUUUUUGGUAGUGUAGAUAAUUUACUAAUCAGUCAUUGUAUUUGUGAUUUAGUUAUUGGCAAAUAUAGAACAAUUUUUUCGUACUA